GCAGGCAGAAGGUUGUGAAGGUUUGGCGGAGCUUGAAUUUUGGAUUCAACAGAGUCUAAUUUUAAGCGUACAGGAGCAACUGAAUCUACCUUGACAGUUCAGGUUUUAAGACCUUCAGCUGAAGUUGAUGAUGGCAAAAUCAAUAGGUAGCAAGAACUGGGGCCUAUUGAGGCUAGUGGAGGAAAGAUCAUUGAGCAAGAAAACAGAGGAAGAGAAAAAACAUCCACAAGAAACACAGAUCCCUUAUCUCCCUAAAGAUUGUAUCUCAAGCAUCCUUGUACGACUUCCUAUUGAAUCUCUUCAGAGGUCAAGUUUUGUGUGCAAGCCUUGGUUUAGCAUAAUUAAAAGUCCCAAAUUCAUCGAUGCUCAUCUCAACCGAUCUGAAUCUGUUUUGAUUUUUCUAUCGCCAAUAACAGAGGAAAGGUCAUAUUCUUUUUCCAUGGCAUCUGUUCCAGAAGAGAAUCCGAACACUGUCUCAGUUGAAUCAAAACUUCUACAGCCAAAUUGUAUCCCCAUUUUCAGCAACUCGUCCCUAAACUCUACAAAAUUUUCUGUUCAGUUUCUUACAAUUAAAAAUGGUAAGACUGAGAUAGGAGGGUACAGUUUAAAUUGCUUGGGAAGUAUCAGAGCCACCUGCAAUGGUCUAAUUUUACUUGAUAACAAAGUUAAGAAGGGAGGACUUAUAGUCUUGAAUCCUGUGACCAGGAAGCUGAUUGCUCUUCCUCUCGGUACCUUACAUCGCCCAUAUAAUGAAUCCUAUGGUUUUGCAUUGAGUGAUGUCACCGGUGAAUAUAAAAUAGUCCAUUUGUUUCGGGAUGAGUCGGGGUUUGUCAGCUGUGAAAUUUUGAGUCUUAGGAAAAAAGCAUGGAGAGCAGUCAAUGGUCUUGCAUCCGGGAUCUUUGGUUGGUUCGGAUAUACACCUGUUUCAGCAAUCGGAGCUUUGCACUGGAUUCCUCAAGUUGAUCGGAGCGAUUACAUUGUUUCUGUGGAAGUCCACAAGGAGAAGUUUCACCAAAUACCGCUCCCCAAAAGUUGCAGAACUCAUGACAGGAUUAUUGAAAUGGGAGGUGCAUUGGGUUUUGUCAUUCAUGAGGAGAUAAACCGCAUUGACGUCUGGAUUUUGAAGGGUUUCUGUGGGGAAGUCUGGACAAAGAAUCACAGUAUCACAGUGGGUUCCAUUAUAGACAUGAUUCCUUAUUUCAGUUUAAGGAUCAAGGGAGAUAUUAUUUUCAAGAGAGACGAAGAUGGCUCGCUAUAUGCUUAUGACUUUCAGCAAGAAGACUUGACGAAGGUUGAGAUGGUAGAGGAAUGUAUCCCAACGUCUUCUGCUACAUGCCUACCUCAUGUCAACAGCCUUGUAUCAUGGAUGGAUGAAAGUUCGGACGUGCAUGAUUGACUCUGUCCUCGGCUUCUGGAUAGAUUGUGCGCUAGUUUGACGGACUUCAAGCUUUAUUGGUUUUCUAAAUUUUAUUAUGGUCAAUAGGUGACAUAGAAAUAGGAGGUUGUAGAGUGGAAAUAAUGUGAGUGCUUUCAAUUUUGAUGGAUUGGGGCUAUAAUUGCUUGAUUGAAGAUGGUAUGAAUAUGUAAAUGGUGAUGAAUUACUGUGAAGAAACUGAUAGGCUAAAGAAAGUGUUAAAUUAUCGUUUAGGAAGUUGCAAAAAUAGAAGUUUUGUACAUAGGCUCCUGCUGCUUUUCCUUUUUUUUUUUUUUUUUCUAAUUUUCUGUGUAUAAAUGUGUGC